AUGAUCGGGCGAUGUCUACUAGCCGAUCCGCUGGCAGUGCAGUCGCGUCCGUGCACCGGCCUGAUGGCCAUGAAUCGACGCUUGCGUAGGACCGCACUUAUAACCACGCUUAUUUUGACAACAUUGACUUACCUCACCUAUCGGGUCAUUUACAACUCUACCGACUUUGAGUGGUCAUUCGACGCGGAGGCUGACGGGCAUGUGGAAACACGAGUGGAUUUUGACGGUACUGCCUCGAGCUGCCGGUGCCAGGAUGUUGGUCGCAGAAAUCGGACUAGGUUUUGGCCGCCCCUGGAUACGCGUGAUUUACUCUGCGCACGGGACGGUACAUACGACGUAACCCUGUGUGUUGACCACCUGACCGAGGCCGGCUCCCACCAGAGGAAUAAACUGACUGAGCGGCUAAGAGUACUUAAGUCGCAGAAUCCUGAUGCCCAGGUAACCGGCUCGGAACUACACCAAUGGUACCAACUGGAGGACAGCAGUUUACGUCAGCACUACGAAAUGUACCCAAUGGCGAUCAACAUCUCGGAUACUCUCAAAAAUAUUUCUUUGGGACUCCCAGUCACUGAGGUGCGUACUUUUGGCAAAUAUUUUGUCCCUACGCAGACUAUAAAGUACUUUAACAGCACUAGCCCUAUUUUCGAGAUGUUGCUUUUCAGUCAUUUGGGUUCGCUCCCUACCCCUUGAGGACUCCGAUAGCGCUUAAUUUUCCUCGAUGGCGAACUGUCAAACUGGGGUCCUACUCUGUUUUAUCUAUGAGUUGGUCUACUCUGCCAUUGGAGUCCGAAGUUUCCUAACCGAUCUUUGCAUGUCGACGUGGAAUCAUCAAGCAAAUCUAAGCUGGAUUUUUUAUCAAUGCUCGCUCGCUACUCACUGCCACGUGAGAGAGGCGUUAACCCAACAUAGAGACCUGAUCGGGGCUCGGAACGUGCCCAUAACAAUUGCCACACAUUGGGUGAGAUGGAACGCCUAGGCGCAGGUUCGGGUCGCGUUGGUCCCCUGCGUCCGGUCUCGCCUCCAGUCCCCCUGGCUUUGUCAUGCAACUGGGCUCAGGUGCGUGGGGGUGCGGUAGGUGUUGCACAAGUCUACCACCACUAUGAAGUAGUUCAUGCUCAAGUCGCCGUCCCCGCUUCACCAAGCUGUGAGGCACACGGUCGAACUGUCGAUACCUUAGGAAUCUUCUUACGGUUACGCGGGGAACGAAUUGAUCAGAUCGGUCGGAUGUAAGUUAACAUUACUGCUCUACCAAGUCUCACUAUCCCAGCUCAAUUAGCCCUUUUGACAUCUCAGUGAUGCCCCGGGCUCCGUGGUUUGCUUACUAAAACACUAUAUACCUUCUUCUGUCAGCAACUGACCUCUCGUCUGAGUGACGCCCACAGAUUCGAGAACUGUCGAGUGUUUAUUUGCCACGAGGGCUUCCACAGACGAACGGGUCUCAGAAUAAUCGGCAUCGUCCAUAGUUUUCCGGUACGUCCACCUCACUGAAUAUCAGGCUCCAGUAUGCCAGAAACAAACUCCCGUUAAUUAUCUCUGGGAAAAUUUUUCGAAGGCUGCAGUGUACCACUUGCUGGAAACGUAACCUUCCGUGUCAUCUGGAAAGACAGUUGGAAGAGAAUAUUGUUUCCGUUCUGCCAGCUCCCGAUCGUUCACAGAGUAACCUCUGAAUUCCAUUGACGUCUGAUUGGGGUCCAACCCCGAGUCUUCGCUUUUACCGCUCUCUUUUGUAUACUGUUCGGUUGUGAUAGUUCGACCGUCGCAUCCGAUGAUGUCCACCGUGUGCUCCACAGCAAGGUGUAGCAGGCACAGUGACUUGCGCGCGAAUUAAUUUGUUUCAAGAGUUGGCUUAUGCAGCAUCUAUCGCAUUCUCUCCUCCCCACCUGGACCCGGUGUCAAAACAGAAUCAAGAGGCGAGGAGGGCGCGGGUGGAUGGCGCGGCCGUACCCGUGCCUUGGAACCCCACUCCUCCCCCCUGGUCCACAACAAACAUUAGUGAGGAGGAUUUUGACCAACAACAACUACGCAAAAGACGUAGAUGACUGGGCAGUAAUGCACACGACCUGUGGGGGCGCAAGCACAUCCACCGGUAGGGAACCAAGUGCCGGAGAACUGCUAGCGCACACCGAUCUGCGAGGACCAUGGUUUGCUGAUCAUGGCAUCACAGACGCUCACGAACCCUGGGGCCCAUUGAUCGGUUAUCAUAUCAUAGAUGCUCCUGCAAGCUAACAUUCUCAUUGACAAAAAAAUCCUUCUAAUUCACCUAUGGUGGUAUGUCGUAAUUCAGUAAACGUUGGACAAAAACGUUAAGCACGAUUUUAAGUAGAAGGUAUUGGUAGAAUUCGGCCACAGUACCGAUUACCAAAUGCACCGUCCAAAAACCCAAGUUAUUAAGGGACAAUCUUCAACUAAAGGGAAACGCAAAAGAGCAUUGACGGUAAUACUGCGUUGGGUAGAGCUAGCAAUUUUCCUAACGAGGGAGGAAAUUCCGAAAUCCCCAGUAUUCUUGCCAAAUUAGUAAAAUUAACUUCUGGAAAUGAGAAGAACUUAGCGAUGAAAACAAGUGAGAAAAAAAGCACCAUUAGUAAAGAAAAGCUUCCGGAUACUACUUCGGAUAAAUGUGCUUUAGAAAUUAAUGUGGUGUCGAAUAUGGCUUCAUGUAUACGAUUAUUUUGCUGAAGGCGGAGUCACGCGAAUCUAGCGUAAUUUUUCCGCCAUUACAACGCUGACGUUGCUGGCCACUAAAUCGAGAUUUCACGGAACGGGGCGUCAGUGUACUGGACGUUUGCACAUGUUGAGAGACCGGUCAGUGACCAAGAAACUGGAAUAUAAUUAGCAGGUGUAACCUCAAACACACCGUUUUCUGCGUAUCUAGAUUUUUUCCUCCAUAAACCUACUGUGGCGUUUUGGCGACGGCGGGGUCCGCCGAGUUCCAUGGAGUCCUUGAAAUGUCAGUUAAUGCUUUGCGCUUUUCAUUGUUCUCAGUGUAUUGUCCGAAAUGUUCGACUGUAAGCUCGUCCAAACAUGAACGUCCACAAUGAAGAUCUAUAGCGAAAAUGCUCUUGAUGAACUGAAAGCCCGUUUCUAAUAAAUUGUCUUCUUAGAUAUUGUAUUACUAUCGUAUUUCGCUGGUUAAUUUUCGUGUCAUCCAUCUUUGUCUGGAGCAGUAAUAAGUUCUCUGCCCUAAAUGACGAAACUGCACCGUCACUGGGACCAUUUUCGUCAUAUUUGCUUAUUUUCCGGCUCUGUUCUACGUUGACAAAUACACUAGUGCGGCCACAUAAAUACCAAGGUAUUGCACAUGCUACUUAGCUGUGCCUGUUGCAUCCCUGACCGCUCAGAAAGUAUCUAACCAGUCGAUUAACAUUCAGAAUCACCAUAUCAGUAAGGGCCUUUUCGCGGUUACUUAUGUAGUGGGCAAGGAUAUGGUUUAUGGCCGGGGUUACUUACUCGGGGGAGCAUUUGUCUUGAGCGAAAGAGCUGAACGUCUAAGAAAUUUGUGGUAUCACCAAAUGUGAUCCUCCAUAUUUUCAUCAAUUAAAAGGGGUACACACUUUUUAUCAUUCAAUGCUUAUAGUAGAUAAAUUUAAUACCACUUUGCAGAUACUGUCAAAAAGGUAUUGCAUUGUCGUACUUUUUGCUUCAAUGACCACCUUAAAGCAUCUUGACCACCCACACCCAACAGCCACCGCGAGGUGUUUUUAUUUCCUUCUCUGGCACGUACAAAUCAAUAUCGUCAGUCAUUUCCUUCGAGAACAAUUGCUCCCCGGAUUAAUUAACCCCGGCCAUAAACCGUACUCUUGCCAUGAAAUGCUGUCAUAUACUUGGAAAUUAAGGGUGUGUUAAAACAAAAGAUUGUCUGUAGGCGUUAUUGCCACUUUUUGGACAUGCGCUUGCACAGAUUUACAAGGUAUUUUCGAAUUCGAAAAGUUCCUGUUUUUUCCAGAAGCAUCGUGUCUAUCGUAUCAUGCCUCACCUGGCUCACACGAACCGAAAAGGCAAUUUUAAGGUCGGCGGGAUUUGUUUUGGUAAAUCCUUCUGGCUUGGAUUAAUGUCGGUUACCAGGAAAACCCACCUAAGUCCGUAUGGUUAGCUUGGAACAGUUAGUAACAUAGGACAUUUCCUUCAUAUAACGUUCAUUUCCGUCCAAGAUUGCAACAUUUUUCGCCGACAGAAUAUUUUAUAAAUGUAUUCUGCAUUAGGAUGCACUUUUCUCAUAAUAUGUUAAUAAACGAUCGAGAUGCGCCGAACUGAUCAUAUAAAUCUCGAUCCUCACGUUUAGUGUUGCCUAAUCUACGAUGUUGUCUGGGUCAUAUAGUGUGGAUCACGGAAGCAUUCGCACAUUCUAAUUUCCACAAUUUUGCCCGUCACAGUGUACAGGGAAUUGAAAUCUUUUCAGAACGCAGACACACUUCUUUUAGGUAUAAAAUAUCCUACUGAAUAUGGCAUCGUUGGAACAGGCAUUUAAAUUCGCUGGCACCAGUGCAUAUUACUUAACCAUUUGUUGGGACAAUGUCUAGAAACCAGGACUGCAGUAAGAUAAGAGAAUUCCUAGUUACACUACUGUUUUAGGAUAUUGAAACACACAAAUUUGGGAUUCAAAAUUUUUAAAAAGAGAGGCAGGGCCUGUAGAGGAGUGUUUACCCCAAAAAGACAUGGACCAGCCAGGAAUGGACAUUUGGGGCCGGUCACAGUCGACAUGACGUGGACCUGUCAGUGCGGGAUGAGAGCGUGGCUCUUUUACCAACCGGCCCAGGGGUCCGAAUCUCGGGUGUGCAGUCCUAUCACUGACCUUGAAGAGAGGCCCCACUCUUUCUCUGUUAAUACAGGUGGCGUUGCGCAAAAUUCCAGGGAGGGCAAAUACUUCCGUGUUCCAACCCCAAACCGAACCGCAGUCCUAGAUUUCACUCUCACCCUGAACUUGACCCCAACCCUAACCUUGACACUAAUCUGUAUCACCCUGGAAAUUAGCGCAAGACCCACGGAAUAGGGGGGGGGUGGCGAGGUGGAGGUUCCGUGCCCCGAUGACUUUAAAUAAGCCAAAAAUGACCAUUUCAGUCCCCCUCUGUCGGCAAACGCAUCUCAAUUACCGAUGGCAAGUCGUCAUGCUACCACCCACGUUGGGGGAGGGGGGGGGCGGUUAUAAAAACCCAGUCCAUUUCCCUCUUGCAAUCAGGAUAUAUGGACGCACUCUGGUGAGCCCGAUUAGCUACUUGUGGAAGAAGAAACGACUAUCCGAAACUCAGAUCAUUCCCCUCAUGCACUCGGGACAUAUCGACGCACUCCACUCUCGCAUGCGGAUAGAGUCGUACGCUGGGCGUCCGAUAAUUCGGUCAAAACGUCGGGGCUUUCACCUCCUGUCGUACGGUACUGACACGCGAAUAAUUCGGUUUUAAAAAGCCUUUUCGAUUUCCGAAUAAUUUUGAACCCGAACUGGCGUUACACUUGCAUUCAGGGUUUCCAAACUACAGGCUGUAUAUUUUCCGUGUAUGGAAAAUCAUACAUUUCUAUACGGUAUUAAGAGGAGACCCCUCGUCAAGCAAAAUGAAAAUAAGAAAGUUAAAUUUUCACACUAGACCAUUUGGCGCGACAGGACAGACAGACCUACGGUGUAUGAGGAGUCUAGUCACGAAGUCAUAAUAGGACUCUGAGUGAGGGUGGAGUGGAGACGGAACAACUACGGCACCCUACGCUGGAGGGAGAGGAUGGAUGGUGGAUCAGUGAAACUCCGGGCGGCUGUAUUAGCGGUUGUUGAUGUGCGAUUAGGACAGAGGUCAGUCAGUCGUGAACGUAGACCUUCGUAAUGGGUAUCCAGGUCAACGUGACGGUUGAUAUUACGCGCAUUAGAGUACCAAGCCUAGAGAAAUUCCCUCGCUCGCUUCGUGUUAGCCAUGGCGACGACCUUGGUGCCAUCCCAAUUGAAUCGGUGGUCGUGCUCGUGCGCAUGGGCUAGAACGAGGGACAGGAUGUCUCGCCGAUGGAUAGCUAAUUGAUGUUCACUGAUACGGGUGCCCAGGCGUCGACCCAUAUGACCAGCGUACACGCAAAAGCAAUUUACGCACGGGACGCGAUAAAUUACUGUUGAUACUUGCUCUUUGUGGAUCUGCUCCUUGACCAGAGAUAGGGCUGCGCUUUGUGAGGAUGCCCGUUUGUGGGCAACGUGAAUACCCAGUCGAUUUAACUGCCAGACGAUUAUUUCCGAGGUUUCCCGCAUAUAUGGCAGGGAGUAUAAUUUUCGUGCCACAGUAUCUCCGUUUGGGGUGAGGUCUUGCGGCUGUGUCUGGUGCCUGAGGCAGUUCUUUAUAAAACACAUCAGCAUCACCCAUCGCCCCACAACGCAAGCACUAGAUUGGCACCUCUCGUUUAAGUGAGAUGUGUGCUUGUCGGCCCCUUCUCCAUGUGGCUCUUCGCUGCAUGUGUGAUCCGAGCCUGAGACUAUCACGGUUCGCUAAGCAUCCCGGCUUGGAAGGUUACCGACUUACACCUCAACUCAGUCCACGCUAUCAGUCCAGUUGUGUGUUUGCGUGGAAUGGCUGACUGGUGGGCUGAGAAUCAGACUGUUACGGCUCCUUCUUAACGUGACCUCUUUCACUUUCAGGCAUGUGAGGAGUGUGUGCGUGUGUGUGUAGACUGUUAGUCCCUCCCAGUCGACGACUGAUUGGUGACCCGGCCUUUGAAGGGUGAUGACCCAGGCUAAAUGCUGGACUCACCUUUCUGGGCUUUAAGGAUUGUAUGUAGUUGUGUCACGCUUCAGCAAACCAUGACCCUCGCAGCCUAACUAGCGUUGGCAGUUUUUCCCUGUCGCCGGAUGCGUUUCCGCUCCCGCUGGGUUUACAGGCCGUGUGCAUGGUUGCCCGGUGACUUGUUUCACCCUCUUCUCCUUCUGACCAACUUUUGGUUGUUGUUUAGAAUCCUGUUCAAGUGUUUGUUGUGGACCAGGGGGUGUGGUGGUACUCGUAAAUAAGGGUACGGCCCCGCCAGACCCCUGCACCCUCACCCCCCUCUCAGGCGGGGGAGCAGAGGGUGCGGCAGGUUCUGCACAAGUCAGCUCCCAGUAUAUACUAAUUUAAGCGCAGGCCACCAUGUCUGUUUUCACCUUUCUGUGGAGCACACGGUGGAUAGCGUCGGGUACGACGGCCGAACUGUCAUAUGGCCUAUGAUGUACUGAUGGUCGGUGCCGACCGUGACACAGCUGUCUGCCUCUGGCUUGUUGCACUCUUGGUGAGCUAAUUACGUAUUACACGUGGUAUGUGUCCCAUUGCACAACGUUUGUUGUCGCAAGUAGGCAUGCAGAGUGUGACCAAGUGAUUUCCCAACAACGAUGAGAGUCACCUGCUGAUAUAUCUCGCUCAAAAAUGACGCCGGCUUGGUUGCAACGCAAAUUUCGAAUCGAUUUAGUUGCCGGACGAUCACUUCACAAUUUUCCCGCGUAUAGGACAGGGAGGAGAAUUCCUGUGGCACAGUAUUCCGUUAGAACUGAGACCUGGUGCUUGUCCCUGUCAUCCAAGAGGGGUUUUCACAAAGCUAAUCCGUUGGACAACGAUAGCUGAUAUAAGUAAAGCCGGCACCUUCUCGAGCAGGUCGUCACUGCUGCAGUUAGUAGAUAAUUGGGGCCCAUCGUUAUUUCGAGCUGCUUCCAUAAUGGAGUAUGUCUCCAGCAUUACAUCUUUUCCUCUAAACUCUUGUUGAGCAGUCACCACUACUCAGUCUUUGUUCAAUGUCUUUAAAAAAUCGGCAUGAUGCGUCUUUACGGAUGACUUAUGUUGCAGGAAGAGCAUCAUCCAGCCCCUGAUGCAGUGGUUCAACUUCGAAAUUCUGAUUUGACAUGAGUUUGCGUACCCCCUCCCAUACUACGGGUGAUCUCCCAACCCUAACCGUCCCAUGAAGUUUAGCAGAAGGUGUUCAUAUUACCGGGCACCACCAUAGUGUUCCAGGUGUCAGUCACGCAGCGAAGUUCGAAUAACGUCUUUUUAUGGUAGUUGUAUGAUUAGCUCAGCCGGUAGUCAUGAUAGUGGCGAGCCCACGGACGCCCCGUACUCUCUCUCUCUCUCUCUCCCUCUCUCUCUCUCUCUCUCUCUCUCUUUCUCGAGAGUACGUGUUAUUAAACAGACAGCUUGAACGAGGCAAAAGCGAAGAAAAGAGUAUGAAGAACUUAAUAGCGUCAUCAAAUCUUAUGAUCUAUUCAACUACUCACGGUCAUGUGGGGUGAUAGGGUCGACACUAUGUGGGCUAGUCAGUUUGCGUUACAACGAAACCUCCUCAAGCGUGAUUACGACCGUAUAGCAUGGGACGUGAAUGGGUCAUGUGAAGGGGGCGAAAGGGGAAUGGGGUUAUUGGGUCAUUGACUAUUAUCAUGGCAGCCCGAGGAGGAUUACGCAAUCCGACCGCUUACAUCGUUAUGGCUUCUCCUCAGCAGUUGGAUAUAAAUGCUCAAUGUCGGUUGAGCAAUCGACGUACCAAUGAAGUUGGUGUGCUUGCCGAAAUGGUCCUGUUUAGAGUUCAUAUUGAGACAAAUGUUUUGAAAGAAAAAGUAUGUCGGCAUCCUGGGGAAAAAACUCAUACUGCUCUUCACAACAGGGGAUUUUAUUAGUUUCAUCUGUGUUGCUACAUAUCACCAACUUCCUCAACCCCGCCAUGUUGUCCUCCAUUAUUCGCACGGGCAACCUGUAUCUCUCUCCUGCCUGCCGUGCUUUUCCUCUUUACUACCCCUAUUUUUUUCUAAUCGCUACAUCACAGCGACCUUCAUCUUUUUAUUCGGCUUGAUGGCGUGUGGGAAAUAGGUGUUUUGAUCGCUGUCCGCACUCCCAUGCGACCAAGCAGCCCUGAUUACAUUCGUUGACGCAUGAUGCCGCGGCGCAUCUGGCUCAACAGUUAACUGAGUGCGAGACCAAACUCUGGGUGGACGUGGGGGGCGGCGCAGACCGACGGUGAUAAAUGAGGCAGAAAUGAUCAUUCUAAUCCGCCAUAAUUUUGUCUGCAAUAUCUGCUUUUCCUUAUUUCACGUUGCUAUUUUGGAGGGGGUUUGAAAACAAAAAUUCACUUUUCAUGUGUAGUCGGUUGAAAGAAACAGCACCUGACGGAAAGUACUUUUAUUUGCUUGCGACAGACAGAAGGACUCGUUUUACUGGCCUCGUCACCGAGAUUUCGCAAUUUCUGAUGCAUCUCUCGUUAGGUUGAGGUUUUGAAUAACUUUAAACGGUCUUGCAGCAACUAUUGAAUGCCUUUCUCCACCGGGCGAAGGGGCUGCUGCGCUGCUGGUUUGAUUAACCAGAACGGAGGCCGGACUGACACGCCAUAGACGUAGGCCAUCAAGCCACUGCGUUAGCCAAUCCCCUUGCCAGCUGGUUGACAGACUCGGACAGCCGCCAAGGGCAUGGGAGAGCGAAGAGGGGGACCGACGCGGGGAAAUUCAUCUUCGCAGCACAUCGCUGCAUUCAUCUCUGGGGCAAAUAUGACGUGGUUGAAUCAGCCACGACGCGUUAAGGGUCGGGGAUUGGAAGACUGCCAACUGAUGGGAUUGCUUAGCCCCUCAGCCGACUGCGAGUCAGACUGCAACGACCCUCUACGAUGUGACCCUCAUGGCGCUGUCACGCAUGCGAGAUUUUACCCGGCAUUACUGUACCCUAGUGCAUGCAGUAGGGACCAGGUCGCGCGUGUGUGUGGCGCGCGUAGAUUGGCUGUUUAGCUUUGUCAGCCACUGCGCCCACGCCCACCUCUGACAGUCUUAAUACAGUCAUGCCAUCGGAACAGUGUUUAUGAGGGAUGGAAGAGUGCAGCAAUCGCCUACGGCACCCAAACAACCAUUCAUCAACUCUCCUCAGCUGAGACCAACAAUCAUAGUAUCACUGGCGCGUUCACGGACGACGGAUAUUAGACUGGCCUCCAACGGAGUAGACAACCCGCCAACGUAUGUAGACUUCCACUUUUGACAAGUAACCAGCAGUUCUGCUAACGGGCUGCACAGAUCUGAGGUCUGACACGCCCACCACCCUAUUAAACACCACACCCUGCUGACAACUUCGAUAUGGUGAUCGUUAAGCCCCAGUAAGUAGACUCUCUAGUCACCGCCGCCCUGCUCGUAUUCACUGAGCCGAAACGCAGGAAGAGACAACCUGAGCGAAAUAUUUGGGCUCUUUUUGGUGACCGCCCGUACCUCAAGUUCCCCGGCACAUCUCUUGACAUUGGAGGCCGGCCAUAUCAGGUAUGAUCAAAUUCACAGCGAUAAAAAAUUACAGUCUCAACCCUGUAAUAUGAUCUUAUAUAGCGUUAAUACUGUGCGUAUUCUAGUCCAUAGUUCAACUGUUACAAGCUACAUGGUAUUCUACUGUCCCCCAAGAAUGAGACCGGCCGCAACUUACGCAUGAAUUGGUUUAUAGUCAGGCGAACUACUGCUUCGUGUUCCAUUGGCAAGAAAACUUCAAGACAAUCCUACGUCCACGUGGGCGCGGUGACCGAUAAAACAGUCCAUAUUUGCUUGUCUUACGCCGUCCGAUCCCCGUUGCAUUCUACUCCGACUCCGAUGUGCAAGUUAGGCCCACCUGACAUUUCGGCUUUACGUUGAAAACCGGCACCAAGAAUAGCAAUAAUUAAGGUUAGUGGUUACUCAAGGGAUAUAUAUACAGUAGAUGUGCUAACUCAUGAAAUGUCAACCAGGAUUUCGAAAUGCGUUCUCGUUUCGAAAAGAUAAAUUAAGUAGUGUUGUAAAACUGAUCAUGAUGCAGCAUAAAUCUAUAAUGAUCCAAUUACCUCAGGGUGUCGGCUUUCGAAAGAACUUAUUUUCGGUUGCAUGCAAGAUCUAUACUCUGCAAAAAUGACUACUUAAGUAGUAUGCAAUUUUCUCGUUGAUUUUCGAUGCCCUUGAAAAUUCAAUUAUAUUUCAUGGAAAACAUGCAUAAAAAUAUUCAUUCUUUUACUUAUUCGGUAGAAAAUCACAUCUUCUCCCAAUUUUAUUUUCGAAAGAGGGGUAUAAUUCUGUUGUAAAAAAAGUUUCUAAUUCCCAAAUAAUUUUGAACCCGACCUGCUGUUACACUUGCAUUCAGGGUUUCAAAACUACAAGCUGUGUAUUUUCCUUGCAUGGAAAGCCAUGCAUUUCUCUACGGCGUUAAGAGGAGAUCAUAUGAGGUUCAUAAAAUUGAGCAGCGGAUUUGGGCAAUAUUGUUAACUUUACAAGCCACAUUCGUAAAUGCAGAUACAUGACGUUUCAUGAACGGCCAUUUAACGGUAUUAAAAAAAUCUCACAGUUAGAAACUUUUUUAAAACAGAAUUAUACUCUUCUAUUAAGUAUGAUAUUGGAAGAAGACGUGAUUUUCUACCGAAUAAGUAAAAGACUGAAUAUUUUUAUGCAUGUUUUUCAUGAAAUAUAAUUGAAUUUUCAAGGGCAUUGAAAAUCAAUGAGAAAAUUGCAUACUACUUAAGUAGUCAUUUUUGCAGAGUAUAGAUCUUGCAUGCAACGGAAAAUAAGUUUUUUCGAAAGCCGACACCCUGAGGUAAUUGGAUCAUUAUAGAUUUAUGCUGCAUCAUGAUUAGUUUUACAACACUACUUAAUUUAUCUUUUCGAAACGAGAACGCAUUUCGAAAUCCUGGUUGACAUUUCAUGAGUUAGCACAUCUACUGUAUAUAUGAUGGUAGAGGGGACGCUCACUGAUCGUUUCUACGGAACCCACUCGUCCAGUUGUGCCUCAGGGCUCUCUCGAGCCCCACCAGCAGCCGCACAAGACAACGGGUCCGUGGCUCAGUGGUUAGAGGUGUUGGACUUCUAACUAAUUGGUCGCGGGUUCGAGUCCCAGGUGUUCCACACUUCGGGGUCGGGUAUGACUGGCUGACGACGGCUAAUAAGCCAGAAAUGGCCAUUCCUGUUUCCCUUCUCUUUGUCGGUAAUAACAUACUGCCCAUAUCAUGCGCCGCUGUGCGGCUACUGGUUGGGCUCGAGAGAGCGCCCGUAAAGCACAACGGAACGAGUGAGUUCUGUAAGAAUGAUCGGUGAGCGGCCCCUACCUGAGAAACGUAAUCUGACAUAGGUGAGAUUCUUUGUAAACAAAAUAAUCUUUAUUUCGUAAAUGUCUGAAACUGAUUCCCCAACUCGUCGUCAGACUUCUGGGUCAUGUACAAAAGCAGUUAAAUAUUUAACCGUGUCGAACAAGUGAUUCUGUAGUUGAUCGAAGUCGGCGCCAAUGCACAUAAAUCGUGGUUCGUCAUCCCUUCGGCUGUGCUCGCUUCCAUUUCUCCUUCAGAAAUGUGUACACGGCGUCUAAAUCGAUAUGCCGAUUGAUGCAUGUCUCAUUUGAAUGCGUUGCCAUCAAAAUUCGCAGCCCCCGUAUUCAUAGGAGGUGCUGGUGUUUGGAAUUUGAGUGGCCUGAUAACCCGCAUGGGAGUCAUGCAUUUCUGUAAUUUCAUUACCUAUGUUGGUUGCUGACAAUAUAUAUUUUUUGGCCACUUGUCCCACCAGUCCUGUCACUUGAAUCGGUGUCCACCUGAGCGCUUCCGCCUAAGUUACCCACCAAGACAAAGUAUUUGUACCAACCAGAUGGAGGGAGAUCAUCGCUCUUGUUUUCGGACAGGUUAACCAUGAACUGAAUAGCUCGUGACUCGGACGCUUUUCACCUUAUGGGUCUUGAACCUCACUUGCGUGAGAACGCCAUCAGAAAGACGUUGCAGUCCGACCAUCAGUUGGCCCGAAUUAUCCCGCCGGAAUACUGCGAUCAUCAGUACAUUGUGCUGGUUUCCAAAUUCUCCUGCUUGUUUUUUGGUGAGGAAACUGCCCUCUUGAUGUGAACUGCACCAACCGCCCUCGCCUGUCCGAGUCAGGAUGGGAUUGGACGCAUUGGCUGACGCGCGCGAAUUCAGGUUUCCCAGACGUAAGAAUCUGGGAACCCUUGCAGUCUGACCCUAUUUCCAGGGUCCCGCAGGGCCGUCUCUUCAGCUGGCAGCCCCCAUCUGGGUCACUCGCUCGAUUUUGUUUUCGUGAGAAAUGCGCCUAUUUUUCAUGACGAAUGGCCGCUCAACAAUGACCCUACUCCCGGUACCGGUACGUGUACCGGUAGCCUGCCCCGACCCGUCGGAGCACCUGCCGGGGUUCUAAAUGGGACUCAGGGCCCUGCUCCAUAUAGGUAGAAUUUACUCGCUCACGUUUCGUGGUCAACAAUAAGCUACGAAGCACACUGCGUAGGCUGAUAUCUGCGACAACAAAAUCCGAAGGCGAGAGGAUUCUGACUUGGUUUCUAUUUAUCACCACAUCCAUCGGCUUUCAUAAGUCGCCUGUAUCUCAUCCCGCAAUCAGAAAAAAAUCAAUAAAUGUCAUUCCUGUAUGAAAAUGUCCGUCCGUAAACACUUACUGCAAGUGUCUCUGGCUGUCCCCGGGUACGAGUGACUGUGCUUCGGAAGCACCAGACUUCCGAUGACUUAUUUUUUUUCUUGUCUAAGUUGACCAAUCCUCCUUCCAGCCCCCAAUCUACCUUGCUCCACCGUCCUCUUUUUUAUUCCAGGCGCCAAUUACAAACCCAAACAUUAAACUUCUCCGAGUCAGCCAGUCUAUUUGUCCGCCAACAGACUCGACCAAGAAGCCUACCCCUCACCACGACCUCGUGGUGGUCUACAAGUCAGCCAUUUAUAACUUCGAGGACCGACAGAAACUGCGCUCCGAGUACUCAGAACUGAACAAAGCAACCAACAACCGCAUCGGCAUCGUCUUCUCCGUCGGCACGCCUCGAAGCACAGGUGGAAAUACCUUCCACAUGAACGGCUUUUCCAUUAAGCUGCCCGAGCGUGCUGGCGCCGUGCUCAAAGACUGGAGCGGACGCAAGGAGGAGGCCCUUCGAAAAGUUCAGGAGGAAGCAGACCUCUACGACGAUCUCAUUGUGGGCGAUUAUGAAGACACCUACGUGAAUCUGACCUAUAAGAUGAUUACCAGCUACCGCUGGGCAUCGGCUUUUUGUCGUGGUAAGGCGGACGCCUUCCUGUUCCUUGAUGAUGACUAUCGUUUCAGCCCGAACAACGUCCUCAAGUAUCUUGACACCCUGGAGCCGCAAGAGAAGGCCCACCUCCUGGCGGGACCCCUAAUGAACUGGCGUAAGGUCAUUCGACCCUUUAAGGACCCGUCUCGCAACAAGUGGGCCGUCACCGCAGACGAGGUUCCCUGGCCCGAUUUCCCGCCCUACUUCUGGGGUGUGUCCUACCUUGUCGGCAUGGAUGUCAUCUCAGACUUGGUUGUGGCCACGGCCUACACCCGAUUCCUCUGGGUGGACGACUCCUUUCUGGGUUUCGCUAUCGCCAAACUACCCUAUACCUUUGAAUCCAUGAAGGGUUUCUACAUGGAGUUUGCGAACCACCAAAAGGCCCUUGUCUCCCAUGAGCCAAUUACGUUUUCUCUCAAGAUGCUAGUCGAUAAUCUGAAUCAGCUGAAAAAUGCCCUGCACAUUUAA